AUGACUCGAUAUAGAUUCCCUGAACCAGAGUUUGAUGAAUUUAAAGAUUUCUAUCAAGACUAUCUACACUUGAAUCCCGAUCAAUUCAAUGAGAGAUGUAAAAUGGUUGAUGCUAUCGUCACUGCCGACAAAAAGACUAAACAGGUAGUGGAUUCCUGUUCAGAGCAUUUGGUAGAACUCAAACAAUGUGAGAACGAUCGUUCCUAUGCUUCAUUUAACUGUCUCACAUUACAUCAAAAAUUCUAUUCUUGUAUCAGUACAAAUACUGAAAAAUGGGAUCGAUAUUUAAAAUAUUACCUUUGGAAGAAUAAAGAGUCAUAUUAUAAUUAUUGGGAAGAUAUAUCACUGAAAUACCAACAACAACAACAACAACAACAACAGCAACAACAGCAACAACAAAAGAAAUAA